AUGACGUUUAAUAUAGAGAAUCGCCACAGUGCCAUUGCCAUACCAGGGUCCCGGCCAUUGUACGACCAUUUCAGUGGAGGCACUAAUUUAUUUUUCUCUGCCAAAGGAGUACAUACUCUGCAGAGAUUGGCUGGUUGUGAGCUACUUGAUGAUGACACCCCAGGUCCACUCCGAGAAUUAAAUGCUUUCAACGGAGUGAAAGACUCAGUGUUGCAAUUCAAUGUGCAACAGAAGGCUCUUCAGAUUGAAGGUUUCUGGCAGCAAAUGUGGAGCCAAAGCAGACAAGAAUAUAAUGAGUUGAUGUUCACACAAUUUUACAGCCCAAUCUGCAUCAAAAUCCUGAAGAAUUGCCUCCACAUGAAGAAAAAUUAUGUGAUGAGAAAAGUGAAGCCCAGAGUCAGGCUCCUCCAGAAGACACUCCCAGACUCUGGAGGGGUCAAAGUGACCUGCUUGGCCACUGGUUUCUACCCCCGUCACAUCAACCUGACCCUGCUCAGAGACGGCCAACCUGUGUCUGACCACCAGAUCACUGGGGGGGAGCUGCUACCUAAUCUAGAUGGAACCUACCAGAUGAGGAAGAGCCUGGAGGUCAGCACAGAGGAACUAAGAGUGAAACACCCUUAUUCCUGUACAGUCGAACACCUCAGCCUGGACAACAAACUAGACGUCAAACCAGAUCUUGAUCCAAGUGAAGGCACUGUGUCUAUAGUGAUUCCUGUUGUAGUGCUUGGAGUUGCACUUCUGUGUGUGGUUGGAGCUGUGGUCUUCAUGCGCCGUAGAAGACACAAAUAAAACGGAAAGAUACAGGAGAACAACAAAGGUUUCUAGGAGAUUAAGCGCGAUCAAAGACACCAAGGUGUUUGUAAAUUCUCUUCUAUUAUUAUAUAUUAUUAAAUAAAAAUGGAUC